GAGCCCCAGGGGCCCCAAGCUCGGCUCCCUACCCCGAAGACAAGCAGAGCCUUAAAAUACAUACAGGAGGCCGCUAUAGCUUGCCAUAAACAAGAGAUACUCACACCCGCAGACUCGAAGAAGGAUAUGACCGACCAAAUGUCGAGCUGAUAUAUGAAAAGUUAACUUGGCUCCAGAGCUGAGCGCGUGGGGGGACGAGGGGCACAUUAUAAAGACAGUACGGGGGCACCCUAAAAUCGAUGGGUCCGAACGUGUUAUAGAUAGCUUACAAAACGCGUGCCGAAUGAUUCUCCAAAAAUACCGUGCCUCCCUGGUUUAUCAAGGCGAAUUGAAGGCAAUCGUAAAUAGUGUAACGUUGCAGAGUAAUGGAAGAGAAAGAGACGGGGGAGAGCGAGCCCGUGGUCCACCCGUGUGCUGAGCAGACAGAUUCUCUCUCAUUAAUAAUACGCGGAGAGGAGGAAGCAACACGAGAGCCCAGUGAUUUGGGACACUGUUCAAGAGAGGAAGACGGUCUGACCAAUGGCCACGUGGACAAUGACAGCGAUGAGGAGAUGGUUACCCCACUCUGCUCCCCGGGCACCAGCUACUGGAGUGUCACAGAGGGUCCCGACUCCCCCUUUCUCCUGUCCCCCGUCCCGGGCCCCUCUGGGAUCAAGGAGAGGGUCCAACGCGCCUCCCGUCCCGGCUUCAGCCGCAUCCCGGGCCGGGACCACCGGCGCUACUACCACGAGUACUGGCGCAGCGAGUUCCUGAUGGACUUUGACCCCCGUCGCCACGGCAUGAUCUGCAUGGUGUGUGGGAGCUCGCUGGCCACUCUCAAACUCAGCACCAUCAAGAGGCAUAUUCGACAGAAGCACCCAGAUUCCCUGCUGUGGAGUGUGUCCGACAAGGAGGUGAUUCGCUCGGGCUGGGAGAGCCACCUGAGUCUGGAGGGGGGCCAGAGGUUGUACUGUCCGGCCGGAGGUGUGGUCGCCAUCUCGCAGGGUCAGGAGGAGCAGCUGCUGGACUGCGCACGCCGCUCCACCGGGAAACCCGAUGGUAUGGUGACCCCCAAACUCCAGCCCCGGUCCACCACCCCAUCUCCCCAUACACCGGCCCCCCUCCAGCAGCAGGAGGAGCUCCCCGGGCCCUCGGCCCGGACCCUGGAGCGCUACCUGAACGACUCGCUCCACGCCUGGUUCCGACAGGAGUUCCUCAUGGAGUACCAGGCGGAGGCGGGCAGGCUGGUGUGCAUGGUGUGUGGCCGCCCGCUGCCCUCGCUCCACCUGGACCACAUCAAGAGCCACGUGCUGGACAUCCACCCUCAGUCGCUGGUCUACAGUUCGGAGGAGAAGCACGGCAUCCUGCAGACCUGGGCUCAGACGCAUGAAUCUGACCCCCUGAACGACUUCAUCAAGUCGGAGCCCAACACCAAAGACGAGAGAGAGGCUGGGGUGGACUUCUUCCAUGAUGACCUGGAGACCAUCCAGAUUGGCGCGGACAACGAUGAGGCAUUGUCCCAGAUACACGACAUGGUUGGUAGCAGGGAUGGAGGUGGUGUUGGAGUUCCAGAGGUGACCAGCCCCAUACCCCCUCUCCCUCUCCGCCAGCCCAGGAAGAGGCGUCUCCUCGGGGGCUUCCCCUGGCGCCUGCGCCUGGACUACCUGGUGGCCUAUGGGCCUCAGGGUCGUGGCACCUUCUGCAUGGUGUGCUCCCAGGCCCUGCCCGUGGCUAAGGUGAGCAGCUUCCGGCGCCACAUUCAGGACUGCCACCCUGAGACCACCAGCCUGGCCCGGGAGGAGAGAGAGGCAAUGGCCGAGGCCUGGACCAAAGAGGCCCCCAUGGAAGACCACCUGGCUGUGCAGAUGAAAGAAGAAGUGGACCCCGGUGACAUCAUCAGCAUCCAUGUGUCAGGAGAGAUGGGUGAAAAGGCAGCACCGGACAACAACAACAACAACAACCACCGGGCCCCCAAGAUGUCCGCCAUUCAGACAGUGAAGGAGGAGGAGGGGGUUGUCACCAUACCUGCCACUCUGGGACGCCAUGGACACUACCCGGGCAAGGACCAGCGGCGGAACUACCAGGUGCGCUGGCGGAUGGAGUUCCUGAUGGACUAUGACUGCCGGCGACACGGGCUGAUCUGUAUGGUGUGCGGGGCGACGUUAGCCACUCUUAAAGUCAGCACCAUCAAGAGACACAUCCAGCAGGUCCACCCUCAUUCUCUGGAGUACAGCUCUGACGAGAGACAGCAAGCCCUGCUCAGCUACAACCAGACAGCCCUGCACUUCGUCCACUCGGACGACUGUUUCUCCUCCCUGGACCACGGACACUCGGCAGUCGGAGAGACGGCCGCCAGCCUCUUCGUCAGUUAAGACGAGGGGCAACAGGCCCACGGUUGUUCUCCGUUCUCACCGCUUCAACCCCAAGUCUUUCUUUCUCAGGAAGUUAGAAACAUGAGGCUUGGUAGAGCCCUGCCGCAAGUGGUGUCUGGCACAGUCGGUGAUUGUUGUGUGAGGGAGCGUACAAUAUAGCACUUUUUGUCCCAAAAAUGUACUUAAACCUAGCUUUGGGUGUGUAGGUGAUUGAAUGAGAGGGUGUUUGAGGUUUAUUGCUUAAGACAAUGAACGGCACUUAAAGAUGCGAUUAUCUUUAUUCACUUACGUCAAAUACAUCAAGUUAUUUCAGAAAUUCCUUGUUUACAAUGAGGUAAAUGGACUUCCUCCAUACAGUUUUGUCAUUCUUGAAUGAGAAGAUCUUACCUUGCAUGUCUUUUCCAGUGUCAUAGUACUAUUGUUGCACCGGCCAGCAACUAUUUUUGCUUCUCAUGAGUCUUCUUAGCAAAAAGUUUCACACACACACAAAAAAAAAAUCUAUUUUAUAAGUGUUGAAUAUUUGCAUUUAUUUUUAUUUUCAACAAGCACUUUUAGACAUGUUUUUUUACAAAAAGGUUUGUAAUUGCGGCCAUUUUGUCUACUUCAUUGAUCAAAGUUAAAGAUGCCACGUACAUUUAAUUUUGAAUGGCAAUUCUGAAGUCAUGCAUGAUUGUGGAGGGAUUGCCUGGAAUGGCUUAGGCGUUUUAUAAGAGAGCAUAUUUAUACAAGAUUUCACAUGCAAGAUUUCCAUUUCAGUAACUCACCUAUUACAAGGUUUAUGCAACAAAGUGAUAAAAGAAAUAUUACAACAGCGUCAGGAAAUAAAUUGCCAAGUUGACCACCUAUGAAAUGAGCACCUCGGUUGCCCUUAUUUCAGUGAUCUUUAAAAUAUCACUCCCACCAGGAAAAGCACAACUCAGGGAUUGUCCAUUUUCCAUCUGUGCUCGCUCUUUCGCUCGCUUGUUAUAGCACAUCAAAAUUACUACACUAAACAUAACAAUACUUUACAACCCAUGGACUAAUUGAUUUGCUCAAAGAACCAGAUGGCAGCAUUUCUCCAGUUACGUGGAGAGGAGGGACGUGAGAGUUGAAUACCACUCUCUUUCUCUAACCUAAGCUGCCUUAAUUGGUGACUCGGGAUGGAUCUCAAAUUGUUACCGGUCAAACCUGUGCUUUCUCCGUCCUUGUUACAUGAAUUCCUCUCAAAGGCAUUGCAGGGCCAGAGGAGGGACCCUGAAUCCUCUCCUCUAAUGCACUUCAAUAGGAAUUGAGGAAACAACGAGAGAGGAAGCAAGGAUUUGACAGCCAGUAAUGUUUUCAGACACAUCCCUAGUUUGUGCGGUGGUCUUUUUAGCAUGCAGGGAAUGGGCAAGGAGUGAUGAAAUACUUAUUACAUCUGGGCUUUGAGCCACGUUGGCCACAGAAAGGUUAAAAGCUUUGUGACUCAGCACUUAUUAUUUAAAUAUGAAUAGAAUAUAAAUAUGUGAUUGAAUAAAUAAGAAUAAACCUUGUUUGUUGCAAUGAUUUACAUGUAUGUUUGUGUCGGUGUGCAUAAGGGGCACGUUAAAAUGACCCUUUGGUGGUACUUAGUUGGCUUGGGCGAGGACACGAGCAAUGAUCUUCAGUUUUAUUUCGGGACCGAGUCCCUCAUCUUUCUUCUGUUUCAUCUGUUUCAAGUAUCCGCUCUGCAUUUCGUCUGUACAUGGCGAAAGGUUGUUGAGACAUGCAUUCUGUUAUCAAUUGAUACUUGUAAUAAAAAAAAAGUGUCUGAAUAAUAUUGUCUGACUGGUUCUCUGGUAAAUUAUGGGUAAAAUUGACUCGACUCAGCUGUCAUUUGCAGACAACUGGUAAUCACGUAUAAAGCAACACAUUCGCUGAUUGGGUUUACCAUGUCUGUGUUACCUCAACAUGCAGACCUGGUCUAAAAUGAGUAGCUACAGUGUAGCUACUCUUAUCAAAACCACUCAUAUCACCAUCCCAUAUCCUCUGUCCAGGCGGGAGCGCGAAUGCUGGACUCCAAUCUCGUUUUCAAUCUUGACACAAAUGUAUUUCCCCGUGGUUCAAACAUGCGGUCAUGUUUUAGUGUUUAAAUGUUGCUGAGCAGACCACAGAUGGACAAAACAAAUCAGGGUGUCCUUUGAC